AUGUCAUAUGGAAUUGAACCUCAGUCAAAUGUCAGUGCUGGAGUGCAGUAUCAGGGGCUGGUAGAACGAGUGAUAUUUUCCAUUCUGAUUACGUUGCCAGGUUACGUGUUCCUUUUCAUAAACGGCACCAUGUUAUUCACUCUAAAUAGUAAAGUGGUGUUUUGUGAGACCCCCCGUUACGUCCUCCUGUUUAACCUGCUGUUAGCAGACACUCUGCACCUGGUUGAGAAUCAGGUAAUGUAUAUAUUGGCUGUUUCUAGGGUCAGACUCACAUAUCCUGCCUGCGGAGUUCUCACCAUGGCCAAUAUUUUAACGAGUGGAAUCUCUCCUCUCACGCUGGUGGUGAUGUCUCUGGAGAGGUAUGUGGCUGUGUGCUACCCGCUGAGGCACGCGAACAUCGUCACCAUGACAAACACAGUGGCAGCGAUCUGUGUGGUGUGGUUUUUCUGUGCCAUCCAUAUCCUCAUCCAUGUUGUUUUGUUGUUAGAAUAUCCAUUUGAGGAGCUGGAGAGUCUGCAGCUGAACGAUGUUUGUUCUGAAGUCAACAUAUUGAUCGGCCCGUCUUCCACUCACUAUAACAUGACCUCCAAGUGUGUCCUGUUUGUGCUGGCUGCUGCAGUGAUCAUCUGCUCUUAUAUCAGUGUGGUGGUUGCAGCCAGAUCAGCCUCCACAGACAAAGCUUCAGCCCAGAAGGCUCGUAACACGCUGCUGCUUCAUCUGGUUCAGCUGAGCCUCAGUCUCAUUUCAAACGUUGAAUCCUCUCUUGUCAUCUUUCUCAUCAAAAUCCUUGACAGGAUAACAAUCAUACGCAUCAGAAGUGUUCUUUAUGUGUGCAUUUACCUCCUUCCAAGGUGUCUGAGUCCUCUGAUCUACGGCCUCAGAGACCCGUGUAUCAGAUCCCUGCUCAUGGAAAACCUCUGCUGUCAUCUCAAACUCUCAGCCAUCCGGGCCAAAACUUAA